UUGUAUAAUAGAAUAAUAGCAUAUGCUUUUUAGUUUCACAUACCAAGCAUAUUCCAGCAGCAUUUCUGUGAAGAAGGUACUAAGACAUUUGAUCAAAGCGAUCCAUUUCCUGACUACAUGUGAAGUUGAAUUUGAGUGAAAUAUCUCAGAUUUCCAUAAAUAAUUUCAUUAUUUUUAUUUCUGGAAUAUACAAUCACCACUUGACUGAUGUCUUCAAGAAAGUGGAUGAUAAUGGUAGGACUAUUUGUUUUAUUCAGAUUGAAUCAAUAAUCUUUUGAAGUACAUCAUUAAUUUAUGUAUAAUGAUUGUACAGACAAUGAUCAUGACUUCAUUGGUGGCCAACAUAACAGUGCUCAGGAAUGUGUUGCAGUGCUUUUACUAUCAAUCAGUUGUUAUUCUAUUUAUCGGAGCAGUCCUCGCGGGAGUAUUGAUUCUUGUUCCCAAAAUGGAAUACAUCUUCCCAGUAAACUAUCUGACCGCUCUGAGUGUAAUAGGCACAUCAUCUGGUCUCGCUGUGGUAACAUCGGCUGUAAAAUUAUGGGUUCUGUCAUCAUGGUUACUGACUAUCUUUCUGGCUGCGAUAGCAAUCACAUUGGGAUACCUAAUGAAACAGCUGAGUGAGAAAUGGUUCUAUAUUGUGAAUUACGUAAUAUCUGGAUUGAUGCUUGCCGGUGCUCUUAUGUUUGCCAUAUUUUAUUCUCUUACACCUCGAGUAAGUAUCUUUCUGAAUAAAUCAAAUGAUAUCGGUUCUCAUUCGCAUAACAAGAAGUGAUUACUCGUCAACCUUUUGUGGAUAUUUUAGUGAACAUUGUUACUGUUGACUGAGAGUGAGUUUCAGACCAUUUCACAACUUUGGGAAUUCAUCGUUUAAUGUGAUUGUUGGAGAUCUAACCUGUCAUUACUGGAGUAACCGAAGUCGCUGUUUCGUGAUCAUCUUUGAAGGUGAAACUGGAUUACUUCUUCCAUAUAUAACUGCUGUUUUGCUGUUGCUAUUUUGAUAAACCUUGAAUUAAGGUUCACAGGUUAAUAGAAAACACCGGGAAAUCUGGACUGCUCCCACUGAGAUACUA